GCGCGCGGCCGUUCGCCAUGGCGGGCCCGUACCUGUCGCCCCUCGGGCCCCAGGCCGAUCUGCUCACCGAAUACAUGUUCGGUCGUCGUCGUCAGGUCAGUAGACGCAAUCGGACCACAUUCACGCCGCAACAGCUUCAGGAAUUGGAAUCCCUCUUCCAGAAAACGCAUUAUCCCGAUGUUUUCCUGCGAGAGGAAGUCGCGCUUCGGAUAUCGCUCUCGGAAGCACGUGUUCAGGUAUGGUUUCAAAACAGACGGGCAAAGUGGAGAAAGCAAGCUCGGUUACAAUUGCUGCAGGACGCGUGGAGAAUGCGAUGCUUGGGUUUAGGAAGCGCCACGCCGCUGCUGCUGGGCCGGCCGCAUCCCAUGAGUCCCAGCGGCCUCGAGAGGACCACCACCGACGGGUCCUCGACUUCGCCGUUGUCCUCGUCGGCCCUCGCGGGCUCGCCGACCACGAGCGACAAGUUACCCGAGACCGGCGGCUCCGUGCCGGUCUGCAGGGACUUCAGAAUCCUGCCUCCACCGCCGCCUGGUUACUCGGUACCUUGCGACAAGUCGCCCGACAGGAUAAAGUGUCGAUGCGCCACGCCACCCAGGAUCUGCGCGAGUCCUGUGGAUCGCAGCGAUGUCCUGACGAGAGAGCGACCGCAGGAGGCCGAGAUGGACCUCACACUCAAAGGUCACCAUCACGCGUCCGCCAGGCACUCGCAGAUCACUACACUCCUCCACCAUCUGCCGAGCAACCCUCAGCAGGACGUCGCACAAAGCAUAGAUGAACCCUUGGACGUCACUCUGAACAGCAGCAAGAAUAACUGAAAUCAAGACGAGUUUAAAUAAAGGUGAAUUAAACGUUUCAAACAACGCGAAGACGAUCCGCCAUCAGCGACUUUUAUUACUUGCAAAAGUUUUAAAAUCUUUUUUAUUUUCUUUAUUAUCUUUACUUUUAUUUGCCUUUGUGUUAAAUCUUGUAAUAAUAUAAUUUAUUUUGACCUUUGUACGAAUUUAAGGGUUGCGAUGAGAAAACUUUUUGGCGGAUAUUUAACGUACUCAAAAUAUAACGAGUGCCGUCUUUUCGCGCAUGGCUAUAACAUUGGGGUGCGUAAUGCUGUGUUAUAAUGAUUGAGAAUGAAGUAUUUUUAAAGCACAAUAUUGUAUAACAAUGAUUAGAUUCAAUAAUUAGGCGAUCAAAUACCUUCCAAGAGAUAUUCGAAUCUGAAAGUACACAUAAGUUUCAUAUAAAAAUGCAGACUUUGACGUAACUUUCAUGAUCAUAUUACAUUAAGUUCCUCUUUUAAUAUCAGUUUCAUUGUAGGUAAUCGUAAAGAUUAAUCUUAAUUUUAAUUCUGAAAUCAGCAUGAUUUGAUUUUAAUUAUAAUUACAAGCUUUUUUCAACUGUUUUAUUAUUAUAAAUAGAUUCAUUAAUUAUCUGUUUCAUGAGUCAUACUCAUACUCCACGCAAUAAAAGACUUUCAGUCUUUCAGCAAUUGACAAAUUUGUAGUUAAAUAUAAAAAAUUGAUUAAGUUUCGCCAAAUGUCGUAGGAUUACUGUCACUCGUGAAGAGAGAUCAGUAAUAAAUAUUUCUUACAUAAAAAAAUAUAUAUACAUGAAAAAGAUUGAGCAAUAAGAGUGCAAAUGAUCUCUAUUCGAUUAGAACUUCGUAGUCGACUCGGGUUCGCGAAAUCGCGAUUGCAACAUCCGCCAAAGCUGUGAGCCAUGUGACGUUUUAUUUAUUCUUCGUGCAUUAUACAUAUAUCUCUACCUGUAAAAACAAUUUUCGGGAAGUUAGGCGAGCGAGCGAGAUUUUGCGGCGAAAUGCAUUUCUGUAUAAUAAAGUAGUAGCUUCGAUCGACGCGUUCUUGACGUCGACAUCGACUAGUCGAGAGGGUGGAUCUAUCGAGCAUCGAAGCGCAUGUAUCAUAUAUAGAUGCGCAAAUUAAUUCGGUGCAUUUUUUGAAGAAACUGAGCCCUUAUUUACUUUCCUUUUUUUCGAGAGGAAGAUUCGUCAGCUGCCCGAUAGAUCGGGAAGAAUAUUCAAAAAUGAUGGCGCGUAUUGACAUGUUUAUUAUUUUUUUCGUAAAUAAGGAUCAAUUUCUUCAAAAAUAGCUUUUUCUUCUUUUUUUCACUUAAUUUCUUCAAUUAAUUUGCGCACCUAAUAUUUACGAGACCUAUGAUGUAAGAUACCGCCACGCGUAAUUUGUAUGUACGAUUAUAAAUAUCGUUUGCGGAUCCAGACGACGUAGAAUGCGUCCGCAUCUUCCAUUUCGCGUCUGCGUCUGUAUGACGUGACGACUGAGAGCGAGAAGAGCUUCACUGAGAGCGAUUCCUUCAGUUGUUACGCUAGAGUUUUUGAUAAGAAACGCGAGUACACAUGUUUUAACGCUGUACAUAUAUAGAUCCUGCAUAUAAUGAAUUUAUAUAUAAAUAAAUAAAUGACUAAAUAUACAGGGUGUUUC